CUAGUAUCCCCAUAAUUUUUAGUUGCCAAAACUUCUGUUGUGUUCACCGACUUUGAGUGACAACAGGGAAAGUACAAGCUUUUUCCUAGUGCAAGGUUCCUGUGGCCGCGUUUAAAAAAUGCGCGAUCAAUAACUCUUGGUUGGGACGUGCCUAACUUCACCUAGUGUGCGGCGUAUGCUAAUGGAUGCUUACAGUUCACAGAAUCAAAGACUACUGCUGUACAAUCGAAGAAAAAUCCCCUUUCUUGAUGAAGUCCAAGUGACCAUGGAGAGACUAAUGCAAAGUCCAUCGUUUGAUCAACAGGCAAUCGGACCUAUGUAUUCAAACUCAAGUCAAUAUUUGAUUACAACACUUCAUCAGGCUCCCUCAGAUGAUGAUAUCAGCUGUAAACUCAUAGGACAGAUUGAUCCGGUGCUAUUAAAACUGAGUCAGAAUACGAACGCAUUCAGCAGUGUUGCUGAUGGACGCAUGGGACCUGAAAGUGCUGGGGCGGAUCCGACUCCCAGUGUUUCCAGUGGUCACGCUAGACCGCCUGGCAGCGAGGGGAUCGACGUUGAGAACAGGUAUGGCCUUCAGUCAACGCAGCCGCCUGUGCUUAGUCCGGAUGCACCCGCUUCAUUGCACUCAGGAUCUGUAAAAUACACUACCAGUGUAAGAGCCCUAUCUCCAGACGGAAAUAUUGUGGAGUCGGAAAUUGUGCGAAACUACGAGAUUCCUGGGGAUGCGCUCAAUGAACAUUCUGAUCACCUCAUCGAUGAGCGUGAACAGCAUGGAAUCUGGUUGGACGGACUCACUGGCAAGCGAGAGAACGAGUCCAGACCAAGUCUGAAUCUGAUGACCCAUCUCAAGGUCACACGCUCACCAGAUGGUGCUCACACGGUCUCUGACUUCUCUGACAAAUGCAUUCAAGGUAGUUCAAGCAUACCGCUUGGUGCCAGUGCCACCACACCAGUGGAAGAAACUGUGAAGAAAUCUCGAACUUGUCUAAGUCCAUUGCAUCAUGGGGCUGAAGCUCCGGUUACAAAGGCGGGUGCAGAGAACAGGUUGGAUUUCCGUGAGCCCGAACCCGAACGUGAAGGCGAAUGUGACGCAGAAGUGAGCGAAUAUAGACCUAUGAUCAUAGAAGAGACCAACCAGCUACCGAGUUCGUGCAAGAUCAACAAUGCUGCACGUGCUGAUAUCAUACGGUUGCAAAGGGUCCUUCAGGAUACAUGCGAUGAUCUGGAAACCAUUCAAAACGGUAUUAUUGUGCGUGAUUUCACGCCAUGCAUACAGUUUCGAGAUCGUAUUGGGCUCAUUCCGAACAUAUUGAAUGAACUAAUCACCAAACUGGAUUAUAGCCCUUAUGAAAAAGAUUUGUGGGAGGCUCGUGACGGCAUUGUGCGUGUGUUGGAAGAAGUGCAACAUCAACCGGCACUGAUCAUGAUGCGUCUGGUUGAGCUGGGGUUCUACGUGUACGAAAUUGGUAGUCUACUGGGUGAAGAUGUGCUGCCACCUUGCUUUGCCCCGAUGGUACAUGCGAUUCAGACUCGGAUACAGCGUCUCUCAGCGGGGAGAAUUGUUCGCCAAAUUGUCUAUGUGCCACAGACGUUUGAUCCAGUGGUGGCCACGUACUACAAGGACCGUCGCAUCGAACGGAUCGAGAACUUCUGUUCGUGUCGUGUUCGUCUGCUCAAUCCAUCGCAUCCUCGAGCAGCAUUUUGUCCUCCGGACUGUCGUACUCUUCAAGUCGACUUUGAUCCGGUCCGCGGUAAGCACGUGGGCUUCUUGGACCUCCUCAACCGAUGUCUACACCCCAAGCAUUGUUACGCACGCAUUGCAGCCACAGUGAUGCGUCGCGCUAAUGGGACGGAACUGGAAUUGAAGGGACACGAAGUGGUGGACUUGAGGUUUAGCGAACCCCGACCACGAUUGGCGGAAAUUCGUGCGGACAUUUGCGCUGGACCGAAAAAGCGCAUAUUGGCCCCCGGAAAGGGCGCCGAUUCGGACGUGCUUUCAAAAUCUACUCUCGUUUGAGCGUUCCCUCUUUGACGCUGACAGCUGUCAUCCAUACUUUCUCAUUAUCAUUUUGUCUCAUUACGUUGCGUAUCUCGGUCAUUCAUUUUCGGUCCUAAGUGAAUAGACCCCCUUCAUGUCCGUUUUAC